AUGUAUGAAUCCUAUCGUCCUCAUCCCCUGCUGGCUCAGGUCCCACUGACCGUCUCCCCAUUUAUCAAUCUUCCCACCACCGUCACUCUCCCCUAUACUUACAAAUCAGUCCCUUCGACACUUCCCCCUUCCGUACUGGUUGAUCCUACCGACGCUGAUACCAAAAACCGCUACGUCGUCUCCGCCAGCGGUGAACAUGCGGCAUCUCCAGAGGAGAUACUCACUUCCUGCAGAUCUCUCGAACAACAUCUAAACAAAAUCCAAAAUGACGCAGAGAAUGCCAUCAAAGAUUGGGAAGGGUCCAUAUCCCAGCGGGAGCUUGCUGAGAAAAGACGGGUUGCUCCUGGCUGGUUAGACCGAGAAGAGAAACUGCUUCAGCCGAGUAAAAUGCCAGGUUCUGGAUCACAGAGUCAGUCGACACAGAGUUUGCUGGACAGCUCGUCGACUGAUCCCACCGCGUCUGGGUUACCGUCGAUGAUACCGCGGGAUGAGGGAAAAGAGCUGGAUAAGGCAUUUGGAAGACUAGAUGUGAAAUAA